UGGGCCGCGAGGACUUCGCGCGCUUCUCGCUCUACGUCACCGUGUGCGUAGGGGCUGAGCUUUCAAAAUGCAGCGGGAAUUAGUGAGUUUCCCGCUGUCUCCCGCGGUGCGCGUGAAGCUGGUGGCUGCAGGGUUCCAGACUGCCGAGGACAUCCUGGAGGUGAAGCCCUCUGAGCUCAGCAAAGAAGUUGGGAUAUCUAAAGAGGAAGCUUUAGAAACUCUACAGAUCGUAAGAAGAGAAUGUCGCACAGAAAACCCAAGAUGUGCUGGUACUUCUGUGGCAGUCAGGAAGUGCACAGCCCUGGAACUUCUAGAACAGGAACACACCCAGGGCUUCAUAAUCACCUUCUGUUCAGCACUAGAUAACAUUCUCGGGGGUGGAAUACCCCUAACGAAAACGACAGAAGUUUGUGGUGUGCCAGGUGUUGGGAAAACACAAUUAUGUAUGCAAUUGGCAGUGGAUGUGCAGAUUCCAGAAUGCUUUGGAGGAGUGGCUGGUGAAGCAGUAUUUAUUGACACAGAGGGAAGUUUUAUGGUUGAUAGAGUGGCAACCCUUGCAACUGCCUGCAUUCAGCACCUGCGUCUUACAGCAGGAGCACACAUGGACGAAGAACAUCAGAAAGCCUUGGAGGAUUUCACUCUUGAAAAUAUUCUUUCCCAUAUUUAUUAUUUCCGUUGUCAUGAUUACACUGAGCUGCUGGCACAAGUCUAUCUCCUUCCAGAUUUCCUUUCAGAUCAUUCAAAGGUGCAGUUAGUGAUAAUAGAUGGCAUUGCUUUUCCUUUCCGUCAUGACUUGGAGGAUCUGUCCCUUCGUACUCGGUUACUGAAUGGCCUAGCCCAACAAAUGAUCAGCCUCGCAAAUAAUCACAGAUUAGCUGUUAUUUUAACAAAUCAGAUGACAACAAAGAUUGAUAAAAGUCAAGCAUUACUUGUUCCUGCAUUAGGGGAAAGCUGGGGGCAUGCUGCUACGAUAAGGCUUAUUUUUCAUUGGGAACAAAAGCAAAGAUUUGCAACAUUGUACAAGUCACCAAGCCAGAAGGAGUCCACAGUACCAUUUCAGAUCACACCUCAGGGAUUUAGAGAUGCUGUCAUCACUGCUCCUUCGUCACAGGCAGGAGGGUCUUUGAAUUUCCGGAAACGGUCACGAGAACGAGAGGAAGAGUGCUGACCCAAAACUAAUCUCAGCAUAUAGUUAGACUCGCCAUGUGAUAUUCAUUGUAGUACAUAUAAGUUUUUGAUACUCUUUAAAUAGAAACACAUAUCCUUUAAAAUAUAGAUACAUUCACUCA